CUGCAAAUAAUGAUUAGUUGGAUAAAACCCGUGAAGCAUUUUAAAAGAUAUAUUGACUUUGAUGGUCAAUUUCAACCUCCUGAUCGUCUCCCAGAGCUGAAAGUAAAGGGUCGUCAUGUUACCAUGGCAACAUAGAGUAACGGUUGCUCAGAGCCGUUGAGAGAUUGUCGGCCGUUGAAAAACAGAUAACGAUAAGUAGACAGCAUUAGCUAGCUAGAUAAGUAGUUUCACCGCUGUGGGGAAACCACAAAAAUGGGUACCCCUCCGACAGAAAUGAAGAACACCAGUCUGGUGCUUAACUCAUCAUCUCGAAUAAUGAAGAGUUCAAUAACAGGAAUGCAUCGAGUCAACCCAAGUUCACAAAGGUUCACAGGUUCACAAAGCCGAAGAUGUUCCAUCCUGGCUGGAGACAGCAUAUUUAUGGAUAAGAGCACCAGUAAAAUAGUUCGGGUGCUGAAUGAUGAUGGCAACGAUGUCACUCCUCUGACUCUGUACCAGGCCGAGUCAGGUGACAUACAGCCCAAACCAGGCAGAUACUUUCUGGAUGAAAUCUUUUCCAGCGCGGGAUCAGACCAGUUGACAUCCCUGUCAAGCUUCACUGGGACGUCUUUUGGCUCUUUUCUUGGGAGCAGCCACUCUACCAAAGCCUCACUGACCAAGAACACUGAGGAUAGCGGUCUCAAAUUGGACAUGAAAAACAUCCCACCAGCUCCAUGCGUAGUACAGAAGAAAAAAGACAGUAUGAAACAACAUGUAACAGAGGAAAUGUUGGAUGAGGAAGUCCACAUCUGCCUCUCUGAGACAGACACCAUUUCACUGCUGGAUAUACCUAAUACCUUGGUGUCAGAGGAUGUGGAUAAUGCAGAAGCUAUUAAACAGAGAAACAUUGACUAUGCUGAGCUUUGCAAGAACAGAAUGGGCAAUGAUAAGUAUGUAGCGCGAUCAAUGUGGACAUUCAACGGAGCACUUAAAAACAAAGAGAUCCAGAGCGAUAAGAUUGUCAAGGUGGAUGUAGGCGCAAUGGCUACUGUCUGGGAUAUCUAUGACUCUUUUUGUGAACAAAAUAAUACCCCUGAAAAUGAGAAGAUUCCCUAUCCAGAGGGAACUGUUAAGACCAGCAGAGGUCUAGAGAGCAGCGGCAGCACAUUCGGCACAGGCAGUACCAUUAGCUCACUGUUCGAAAUACAGAUGUGUGGAACCAGUUUAAAUGCUGAGCCAGACCCACAGCAGAUCAUGCUGUCUGAGUCAUUCCAGCACAGCUUAUUAGUGAUGGAGCGGAGCAUCGUGGCAGAAGUCUUUCAACCCAAACUGGCUGCUUACAGACAGCUGCCCAUUCUUGCAGACCCUGACUGCACGGUGAAGCCUGCGACCAAGGAGCAGGGCGAGGAGGAUGAGGAGAGUUCUCCGAUUCCAACUCUGGAACCUCUCUGGGCUUUCAGCUGUGAGCUCACCAGAGGACGCACCAUUACCAGCAUGGCCUGGAACAAGGAGAACCUGGACCUCCUGGCUGUGGGCUAUGGUGACUUUGACUCCGCUUAUCAGAAAAGAGGCCUAAUCUGUUGCUGGUCCCUCAAAAACCUUACGUGGCCGGAGCGUGUUUUCCGCUGUCACAGUAGUGUAACAUCCCUGGAUUUCUCAGCCAACAACCCCAACCGGCUGGCUGUGGGGAUGUAUGACGGUACUGUAGCCAUCUACAGUGUCCAAAUUAGAGAAAACAAGGCAUGUGUCGCCACCAGCAGCAAGUGUUCCAAAAAGCACUUGCAUCCAGUGUGGCAGGUCAACUGGACUAGACAAGAGAUGAGAUUAUCAGGGGAGGACAGAGUAGAAUCUCUUGUCUCUGUGUCAGCAGAUGGCAGGAUUACCAAGUGGUUCCUUCACAGCAAUGGUCUUGACUGCAUAGACCUGAUGAAGCUGAAGAGGAUUCAAGACGGCAAGAAGAAAGCUGCAGGCAGCAAGAAGAAGACGGACAACGUGUUGUCAGGAACGACUCCUGGUCUGUGUGUUGACUUCCAUCCAACAGAUUCUAGCAUCUAUUUGGCGGGCACAUGGGAAGGCCUCAUCCACAAGUGCUCCUUUUCCAACAGUCAGUAUUUUCUGGACACUUAUCAAACGCACUUUUGUCCUGUGAACCACGUUGAAUGGUCUCCAUUCAGUCCCGAUGUGUUCCUGAGCUGUUCCUCUGACUGGACCAUCCAGCUGUGGAAGCAGGACCACUUGACCCCUGUACUGGGCUUCGGCUCCACCGAGAGGGCCGUGUACACCGUCAGAUGGUCCCCAAACUGGCCCACAGUAUUUGCAGCCAUUAAUGGAAAACAGGUGGAGAUCUGGGACAUGAACUCAAGCAUCUCGGACCCAAUCAUUGUGCGCCCUGCUGCAUCUGGUGUGAAGAUGACGUCCCUGCUGUUUGCCAGAGGGACAGACAGCAUCUUGGUUGGGGACAAUGACGGGCAAGUGACUUUCUACGAGCUCAAGAACCUCAGUGUGGGAGAGGAGGGCAAACAGGUGGAUUGUUUGGAAGACAUCGUUCUCUCUGCAAUAUCCAGGUAGCUUCAGAGUUCAAAAACUACAAUGUAAAACUUUAUUUGUAUUCACCACUUUACAUACAGUAUACAAAACAGUAUACUUG